CUUAAGGCUAAACCUGCUCUCUCUUUGGCUAGGGGAGGAGGACUGUUGCGAGGAUCACCUUCUCUACUGGACUUGGACCCUGCACGUUGCAUGCCUGGGGCUCAGGGAACCAGGAGAGAAACUAGAGCCAUCACCAUAUAAAACACAACCAAUUAAAAAUAAUAAUAAUAAAUGGGGGUGGGGGGGGGGAAGAGAAGUGUUCUGAUUAAAAACCACCCCCAGCUGAUCAGCUUGUUCGGAGCUCUAAUUAGUUUUGCGGCUGCCAGGAAAGAGAAGGAGCAACAAGAUGCGGGGCCAGCCAACACUUUGCAGAAGCCAGCUAGCAGAAUAAACCUGUUCCAUGUAAAUUCAAAUUCAGAGACAAAGAGGAGGAGGAGGAGGAAGCCCUGCGCGCUCAGGAGAGAGGAAGCCAACCCCAUCCCUGCAGAGUGCAAUAUAUGGUUUUAAAAACCCCGUCCCCGGGCAAAGGCUGCUUUACGCCCAGGGACAUGCUAAAUGACCCUCUUCAGCAAGAGGCAGGGAGGAGGCGCUGGGGGGGGGGGGGGGGGACACACACACACACACACACACACUCAGCUCGCCGGGAGGACCCAGCCAGUCAGAGGCGGAGAGCGAGGGGGAAGAGCGAACACAUUGGAGGAGAAAUCGCUGCACAGCAGAACACCGGCCAGAGGAGGUGCUUCCCCGCUCUCCCCAUAUAACCACCCCGAGAGCAGGGGCGAGCAGAGCCGGCCCGGAGCCCCAGCAGCAAAGUGCUGGGCGGGGGAGGCUCGCCGAGGAUGCCCGUCGCCGGAUCGCGUCCCCAGCCCUGAGCGCCGCGGAGGCCGGGCGAUCCGGAGGGCUCCCUCGGGACUGCUGGACGAGAACCCCGCGAUUGGCUUGCGCCCCGCGGGCUGAGCGCCGGCUGCGGCCGGGAGGAUGGGAGACUGAGAGCCGGGGGCAGAGCGAAGGUCCUUCCCCCAGCAGCGAUUACCUGAAAGGACUAAUUUUUGACUCAAUUCAACACCUUGUCGUCUUCAAUUUUCACUCAUACAAGGACUAUCUGCUGAUCAUUUCCCUUUGAGGGCUCUGUCCAUACAGCUGAUAGCUGAAUUCAGACUGAGUUUUAAUGAAGAAACAUCAAAGCUGCUAACAAUCACACAAACCGGGACUCAAGACCUUUGUGACCAAUGAUGUGGUCAUCAUGGAGACUGAUUCUGUUUCUGUCACUCACUGGAUGUCUUUCAGAAUAUUCAGCAGCUGUUCCAGGCCUCCCAACUUCAUAUGCUGCUAUCCUAAGAAUUAAAUCUGCCAGUUCAUCUUCAGCACUCUUUAAUUCAAAGAACAGGCCACGAUUAAGCAGCCCUUCAUUAGGAAGCAUAUCUUCACCAGUCUGGAGAGGAACAGCACAACACUAUCGCUCACCAACAAACCUCUAUCACUUCUCAGAGGCCUUCAAACAUGAUGAAAGUGUUGAUUACGGGCCAGUGUUUGUACAAGAGCCGGAUGAUGUGAUUUUUCCCACUGAUUCUGAAGAGAAGAAAGUGUCUCUGAAUUGUCAAGCACGAGGAAACCCUGCUCCUAUUUACAGAUGGCUACGAAAUGGAAGUGAAAUCGAUAUUGAAAGUGACUACCGCUACAGUUUGAUAGAAGGAAGUUUUAUCAUCAACAAUCCCAAUGAAGCAAAGGAUUCUGGGCAAUAUCAAUGUUUAACCACCAAUGUGUUUGGAAGUAUUUUGAGCAGAGAGGCCACCCUUCAGUUUGCAUAUCUGGGAAAUUUUAGUGGCCGGACAAGAAGCACAGUCUCUGUACGAGAAGGUCAAGGGGUUGUUCUGAUGUGCUCUCCUCCACUUCAUUCACCAGAGAUCAUCUACAGUUGGGUAUUUAACGAAUUCCCAUCUUUCGUGGCAGAAGAUAGCCGACGUUUCAUCUCCCAGGAGACAGGAAAUCUCUACAUCUCCAAGGUGCAAACAUCUGAUGUUGGCAGCUAUAUCUGCCUAGUAAAAAACACAGUGACAAAUGCCAGAGUUCUGAGUCCUCCAACACCACUUACCCUACGGAAUGAUGGUGUGAUGGGGGAAUAUGAGCCGAAAAUUGAGGUCCAUUUUCCUUAUACAGUUACAGCUGCUAAGGGAACUACCGUUAAGAUGGAGUGCUUUGCGCUGGGCAACCCUGUUCCAACAAUCUCAUGGAGGAAAGUUAAUGAUCAUAAUCCAAGUAAAGCCCGUCUGAGAAAGUCCCAAGCUGUUCUUGAAAUACCUAAUGUGCAGCUAGAGGAUGCAGGGAUGUACGAAUGUAAAGCUGAAAACUCGCGUGGAAGGAAUGUCUUCAGAGGACAGCUACAAGUGUACACCUACCCACAUUGGGUGGAGAAGCUUAACAAUACUCAGUUAGACAGUGGAGAGCAGCUCCGAUGGGAAUGCAAAGCCACUGGAAAGCCACGACCCACCUAUCAUUGGCUGAAGAAUGGAGUCCCUCUUUGGGUACAGAGCAGGGUUGAGAUGGUUCAUGGUGUACUGAUGAUCCACAAUGUGAAUCUCUCAGAUGCUGGAAUGUACCAAUGCUUAGCAGAAAAUAAAUACGGAACCAUUUAUGCCAGUGCUGAGCUGAAGAUUUUAGCCUCAGCUCCCACUUUUGCACUAAAUGAGAUGAAGAAAACUUUAAUUAUUACCAGGGGCAGAGAAGUUGUCAUUGAGUGCAAACCACAAGCCUCUCCAAAACCAACCAUCACUUGGAAGAAAGGAGACAAAGCAGUAAGAGAGAAUAAGAGGAUAACUGUUCUUCCAGAUGGGAGCCUACAAAUCUUGAAUGCUUCCAAAUCUGAUGAAGGAAGGUACUUAUGCCAAGGAGAAAAUGUGUUUGGUUCUGCAGAAACUGUAGUCUCAGUAUUUGUUAAAGAACCAACAAGAAUAGAUCUGACUCCCAAGAGGACCGAGUUAACCGUUGGAGAAAGCAUAGUCCUCAGUUGCAAAGCGAUUCAUGACAACACACUAGAUGUGACUUUCUACUGGACUUUAAAUGGGCAGCCAAUUGAUUUUGAGAAGGAAGGCGGACAUUUUGAAAGCAUCAGGGCACAAGCAUCCUCUGCAGAUUUAAUGAUCAGGAACAUCCUUCUGAUGCAUGCUGGGAGAUAUGGCUGCAGGAUACAGACCACAGCAGACAGUGUGUCAGAUGAGGCAGAACUUCUUGUUAGGGGUCCUCCUGGUCCCCCAGGAAUAGUGAUAGUUGAGGAAAUUACAGAAACCACGGCGACGCUUUCCUGGAGUCCUGGGGCAGACAACCACAGCCCUAUCUCCACAUACAACUUACAAGCGCGCAGCCCAUUUUCACUUGGCUGGCAGACCGUAAAAACAAUUCCAGAGAACAUAAGUGGUGACAUGGAAUCUGCUGUGGCAGUAGAACUGAACCCAUGGGUGGAAUAUGAAUUCAGAGUUGUAGCAACCAACAAAAUCGGGACUGGGGAUCCAAGUGCACCAUCUCGAGUGAUCAGAACCAGUGAAGCAGUUCCAAAGACAGCACCAGCUAAUGUAAGUGGCAGAAGUGGAAGACGGCAUGAAUUAGUAAUAGCAUGGGAGCCAGUAUCAGAAGAGUUUCAGAAUGGGGAAGGAUUUGGAUACAUUGUGGCUUUCAGACCGAAUGGAACACGAGGGUGGAAAGAAAAAAUGGUGACAUCUUCAGAUGCUUCAAAGUUCAUCUAUAGGGAUGAAAGUGUUCCUCCUCUGACUCCCUUUGAGGUGAAAGUUGGUGUAUAUAAUAACAAAGGAGAUGGACCCUUCAGCCCCAUUGCGGUCAUCUGUUCAGCUGAGGGAGAACCCAGUGUGGCUCCGACUGAUGUCAAGGCUACAGGUUUGUCUGUAUCAGAGAUUCUGGUUGCGUGGAAACAUAUUAAAGAAAAUCUAGCAAGACCACAGGGAUUUGAGGUUGGUUACUGGAAAGAUAUGGAGCAGGAAGAAGUGGCAGAAAAAGUCAAAACUGAAGGAAAUGAAUCAUCCAUCAUUUUGACAGGAUUAGAAGGAAACACAUUAUAUCACCUAACAGUGAGGGCGUACAAUGCUGCAGGAUAUGGACCACCGAGUAGCACAGUCUGUGCAGCCACCAAGAAAUCCCCUCCCAGCCAGGCACCAACCAAUAUUAUGUGGAUGCAAGAUGGCUCUCAUGUGUCUCUGGGAUGGGAGCCAGUUAGACCUCUAGCAAAUGAAUCUGAUGUAAUGGGAUACAAGGUCUUGUUUUGGCAAGAAGGUCACAGCAAUAGUCAAGUAAUUGAAACACAGAAAACCUCUGCAGUGGUAUUUCUUCCUGAUGUUGGUGUCUAUAUCAUAGAGGUUUGUGCAGUCAGUGAAGGAGGGGAUGGGACAGCCAGCUCCCAAAUCAGGGUACCGUCUUUUUCAGGUGGAAAAGUUACAAGCUCUCAAUCCACUUUACGUGCUCUCUCUACGUCCUCGUCAUCUGUAACAUUGCUCUUGGCACUGAUGGUCCCUUCCACCUCAUGGUGAAGACUGCAUACCUUUUUUUUUUUCAUUGUUUGUUUGCUUUAGCUUGAUAACACCAAUGGAUGGAGCUUUAUGUUCAUGAAGAAGCUGGAACCCUAAGCAAAUGCCUAAAGACCCAUAAAAAUACACAUGGUACACUUAGAGGAGUGUUGGAAAAAUGAUAAAGGAUUCAUCAGUUUUUUCUCCUUAGUUUUUGUAGAUGUCCUCUCUUUGGGGAGGAAACACUUACUGGCCCAACAAAAAUAUGCAGAUUGUAUGUAAUAAACUUUUGUAAGCAAAUGUAAUUUCUGUCAAAUGUACUUUACUUUUUUAAUAUGUUUAAAUUUGGUGAUCCCCAGUUGUGUACCAUUAGUUUUUAAAUAGUGGUGUCUAGUACAGUACAUUGGUUUUGUUUGGGAAUUUUUUUUUAAUGAGUGAAGUUUGAUAAGGACUUUGAAGCUAGUGCUUUUGUUGCUUCCCCUAAGGCUGGCUGCUCACAGUGACAAGGCAGUAGGAGAGAAGAAAAAGUUCAGUUAUAUGCCCACUGGAUAAGUACAGGAAAUAUUUUCUGGAAAAUGUAAGAAUAGAUAUUGAAUUAGCAAAAUUUGUCAAUCUGAUGUUUUGAAAGCAUCCCCAGAGAAAGAGAACAGAGCAGAGAAGAAGCCAUUAAUUUUAUUGCAAGGUAAACUGGAAAUGACUGAACACAAAUUGAAAAGGAAAUAAAUGCUAUUGUUUUUCAUCAAAUAUUGUAUAAUUUAACUGCAGAGGAAGUAAAUGUUUAUUUUUAAUAGAAAAAUAAAUAGUCUAAAUUCAUAAACAGUGCAUAUAGCAGUUAAACCACCAUUGGGCAUUUAAUCAUAACAUACAGUAGUUGCUAAAUGGGCAAAUAAAAGGAAUGCAAGAAGACAAAUCUGCUUUUUUCCUGUCAGUCUUAGAUUUAUUUUUUAGUCCAUUUUUGUAUGGUACUGUACUUUAUAUAUUUGGUAAUUAAGCUAAGCUGAAGUAUAUAAGAAUGCAUAUCAUGGAGAGACCAUAAUAUUUCAUGGACUGUAGUCAUGCAAACAUGCAGAGUUCAAUUAGAAUAUGCUUCGAGGAAUGUUGUGUCCCAAAUGACACUUGGAUAAAUAAGAAUUAUCAAGCAAGGUUUCCACUUGGCAAGGCUACUGGACCUUCUUCUAGAGCUCACCAGAUAGAGAUUGGUUUUAUAGGGACUGUGUGCUAACAGCUUUAAUCCCAGACAUUCUUCUGCUGUAUCAGUCUUUUUUCCAUUCUGUAACCAGUUAGGAGGAGUUCCCAUUCUAGAUCUAAAGGCCUUUCCUCAUACUGGCACCUAAGCCAAAAUGACCCUUAGUAUAUAUGGUGUGUGUGCGCAUUUGUACAGUGUGGCGUGUGUGAUGUUCUCAGCAAGGGGACUUUUUACUACUGUGUUUGUAGAGACUGUGCCCAGGAUGACUUUUACCUUGUUUGCGGUAAUCAAAUGUGUUGUGCUCAAAUCAUUUUAUCGGGAAAGUCCUGGUAGCAUAACUCGUAUAGCUGAUCCUCUAACUCUUUUCAUAGAGUUCUAAUUCAGGCACUGGGUUCUCUAACAAAAAUUCUAUCACUUUGCUUGCUUGUCAGCACAUUCCAAAUGUGCCAUUUCUUACACCUUUAA